AUGGCGUUCUUUUUGUUUUUCAUUUGUUGUUUGCCUACUCUUGCUAUUUCACUGUCCUUCAGCAUAGAUUAUGACAACAACUGCUUUAUGAAGGAUGGGAAGCCUUUUCGUUACAUCUCUGGAGGAAUGCAUUAUUUCCGUGUGCCACAAUAUUACUGGAAAGACCGACUUCUCAAACUCAAAGCUAGUGGAAUGAACACAGUCCAGACCUACGUCCCUUGGAACUUGCACGAACCGAUCCCGAAGCAGUAUAACUUUGCAGGGAAUGCUAAUCUUACAAGCUUCCUGGAAAUUGCUCAAAGUUUAGAUUUGCUGGUAAUUCUUAGACCUGGACCAUACAUUUGUGCUGAAUGGGAUUUUGGAGGUUUGCCAGGGUGGUUGCUUAAAGACCCAUCCAUUGUUAUCAGGUCAUCACAGGGAAAAGCUUACAUGGAAGCAGUUGAUGCUUGGAUGAGUGUCCUGCUGCCACUAGUUAAACCAUUCCUUUAUGAGAAUGGGGGGCCAGUUAUUAUGGUGCAAGUCGAAAAUGAGUAUGGUGACUAUAUACACUGUGACCAUCAAUACCUGCUGCAUUUACAGCAGCUUUUUAGGUAUCACCUUACAGAUGAUAUCAUACUUUUCACUACAGAUGAUGGGAGCAAUUUAACUGCCAUAGAAUGUGGAACAUUGCCAUCUCUAUACACUACAGUUGAUUUUGGUGCAAACACAGAUCCUAGUAUACCAUUUGCAAAUCAACAGAAAUUACAACAAAAGGGUCCACUUGUUAACUCUGAGUUCUAUACUGGCUGGCUUGAUUAUUGGGGUACACCUCAUCAAACAAGAACAUCCAAAGUUGUUGCAGAUGCCCUGGAUAAAAUCCUAGCACUAAAUGCAUCUGUUAAUUUAUAUAUGUUUGAAGGCGGGACUAACUUUGGCUUUUGGAGUGGGGCUGAUUUUCAUGGACAGUAUCAACCUGUACCAACUAGUUAUGACUAUGAUGCCCCACUGACAGAGGCUGGGGAUCUUACAGAAAAGUACCAUGCUAUCAGAGAAGUUAUUGGUAAAUAUUUAACUCUCCCUGAUAUUCCCAUCCCACCUGCAACCCCAAAGUACCCAUAUGGAACGAUAGAGAUCACAAAAGGCCCUGAGGUUAUAGAUGUGCUAACAAAGCUCUCCCCUGAAGGUCCAGUGAAGACAAAAUACCCACUUACUAUGGAGCAGAUUGGGCAAUACAGUGGCUUUGCUUGGUAUCAUGCUCAGAUUCCACCCAUGUUCUCACAAUCUGAACGAAUGCUGAAUGUAGAGGGGCUUGUGCAUGAUAGAGCAAUAAUAUAUGUGGGUAGACUGCGGCAACGAACUCUUAAUCGCACAAGAGGGGAAUCAAAUGCCACUAUAAUUAUUGGAGAGUUUCUUGAUCUUGAUAUCUUAGUAGAGAAUAUGGGACAUGUCGGUUAUGGAGAAAACAUGGUGGACCCCAAAGGAAUUCUUGGCAAUGUCACCAUUGACAAUGUCCAAAUUCUAAACUGGGACAUAUAUCGACUUAACUUGGAUAACGUCGUGAGCAAUGAAAGCUUAUUCAAAGAUGGUUACACUGAUUUUUACAAGACGGACAAUGCCAUAUCUCCAAGGUUUUUCAAAGGUGUGAUCCCAGGUGUCCCAUUUGGGGACAUUGGCUUUGAUUUUUACCUUCAUUUAGACAACUGGGGCAAGGGUGUGGUGUUUGUCAAUGGGCAUAACAUGGGGAGGUACUGGCCGGCUGAUGGGCCCCAGCAGACAUUGUACGUCCCCGCAAGUGUCAUGUCCAUGAACCAGCAUCCAAGCAACUUGGUUAUCUUAGAGCUUGACAAUGCACCGUGUGACUAUCCUGAGACAUGUCUUGUGAAAUGCACCACCAUUCCAGUGCUCAACGGGACGACAAGUCCCAUAUAUGGCACUGCUAAAACCACAAACAAGGCUCUAGGUUAA